GGCCGUCGCGGGGGAGGGGUGACAGCCGGCGCGGCGCCCGCGCAGCUCGCGUGGCCCUCUCGCCUGAGUCACGCGCGCCUCGUAAUGCUUGCAUAAUAAUAAUGACGGAUGCCGAUCGCGCGGCGGCUCCUUUGAUCUGCGACGCGUUUGAUCUCGCCGCCGGAGCCGGUCCCACCGCCCCUGCCGCACAAACGAGCCGCCCGUUCACCUUUAUUCGGUUCGACGCCGCACGGCGAGUCGUUAGGCCCUUCGCGGUUCGCCCUCGCUCUAAAUAGAGGCUUUAUUUUGUAAACAGCGGGAGCGCUACUGUGCGCGCGAGUGGAGGCCAGGUCCGCGGAUCGGGGCGGUACGGCAGUGGCGCGUUUGCGUUGGCCAGUAUGGGGUGUGCUCUAAUUUACUCCUGGCGCUGGUGCUCGUCUGCUGCCCACUGUUCCAACUGCGCGUAUUGCGCCCUCUGUGCUCACUGCUGGAAGUGAUGAGGGCUCGGAGGCGCGGCGGGUACCGCCGCACCUACUGGAACUGGAUCCUAUGGACACUCUGUAUGGUGUUGUGUGCUGCUGGUGAGAGUGUCGCUGCUCCUGAUAGACUGAAGCUGGUGUGGCUCACGAAUACGACUCUCACAUGCAACGAUGGUACACCCGCCGGAUAUUAUAUACGUAGAGGCACAAACACGCAACACUGGGUAGUGUACCUGGAAGGCGGCGGAUAUUGCUGGGAUGCAUCGUCCUGCGGUGCUCGCUGGCGUCGACGUCCUGCCCUCAUGUCCUCUUCGAAGUGGUCACGCUUUCGUCGAGCGCCCGCCCUACUAUCCGACGAUCCUGAAGCAAAUCCACUGUGGCACGACUCUAAUCACGUUCUGCUCCCUUAUUGUACCAGUGACAUGUGGGCCGGCACACGGAUUACGCGACGUUUCAAUACCAGCUUUGCUUUCACCGGACGACUCAUUGUCCGCUCAGUUUUGAUGGAACUUCUUCAUAACGGUCUCACCGGGCGGUUAUUGUUAGUAGGUUCAAGUGCCGGUGGUGCUGGUGUAAUGCUUCAUGCGGAUGCUGCACGACGGAUGCUGCGUUCACAUGGUGUAAGAGUAGCAGCAGUUGCAGAUUCUGGAUGGUUCCUCGAUCGGCCAGCGAGAGCGCGACGUAGUUCUGCAAACGCUGUGGCUAAAUUCGGUCACUCCUUGUGGCAUGGGACUCCACCGCCAGCUUGUGUACGAAGAUAUCCUACUGAACCAUGGUUGUGUUAUUUCGGAUACAGACUAUAUCCGCAUAUUCGUACUCCAUUAUUUGUAUUUCAAUAUUUAUUUGAUUCGGCGCAGCUCGCAGCGGAGGGUGUACGAUCACCCCGAACCAGAGAACAAUGGGAUGCAGUUCAUCAAACCGGCGCUGCGUUACGGUCGAGUCUCAAGCAUGUUCGAGCGACAUUCGCGCCGGCUUGUCUAGCGCAUGGCGCUCUUGCACGGCCAGAGUGGUUGGCGAUUAACGUGUCAGGAGUAACUUUGCCACGUGCUAUUGGAUGUUGGGAGCAAAGACUCGGGAGUGGCGGGAAACGUGCGCGUGCGGGUUGCGCACCGAGGCGUCUCAUUGAGCGAUGCUCGUGGCCACAGUGCAAUAGUUCUUGUCCUCGCCUACGGGACCCACGAACAGGUGAGGAGGUGGCGUUGGCUUCUUUAUUACAAAGCUUCGGGUUAGAUGUUAGCGGCGCGGCGGCUGCUAUGGGUCUCGAUGCUCGGGCACUCUCUCGAAUGAGUAGGGCAGAACUUUUGCCGUUAUUAGCACCACAUACGUGACGUAUAGUAUUAAAAAUUAUUUGUGCCGUAGGGCACGGUGAAUCUACCUCGUUUUUUGUUGC